AUGCUUUUAAGCGUCAAUUUAGCUCCAGUACGCGUAUUGACAGCUACAAGAACAUUUGGGUUUACUCCUAGCCGCUUCCAAGGUGCCACUAGCAGAAAAGAACUUACUCCCAAGCAAAAAGAAGUGGCGGAGAAGAAGAAGUUGCUUUCUUUAGAGAAGAAACAAAUAGCUGCCGAUAAGAAGAAGUUAGCCAGUUUAAAGACUAGACUCGCUAAAGAAAAGGCUACAUUCGCUACACUUAAGAAGAAGUAUGAUGUUGCGAAUAAGAAGAAUAAGGAAAAGCAAAAGGCACAACAAUUGAAAGACAAGGCGAAAUUAGCUCUUGAUAAGGCAAAGGCCAAAAAAGCGUUGGCCGAAACCAAAAAGAAGGAAGACAAGUUUAUUGCGAAAGCCACCAAACCAUUUAGAAAGUUAUCGGGAUAUAACUACUUCAUUAAGGAAAAUACCGUCGGCAAAAACGGUCUUAGCGAAGUUUCGAAUAUCUGGAAAACAUUAGCCCAGGAUGAGAAGGAAGUGUAUCAAGAAAAGGCGGCCAAGUUUAACGAAGAAAUGUUAAAAAUAUUUGUUCCUAGACCAAAGAGCCCACCUACUUCGUAUGCGUCGUUUGUGAAGGAAAACUACCCUAAUGAUGGUGGUGACUUCAGACAGAUCAACAAGGACUUGGCGUAUGAAUGGAAGUUAUUACCAGCCGAAGAAAAACAAAGAUACGAGCCAUCUCAAAGCGCGAAACAAGAGUAUGUAGUUAAACUUCAGGAAUGGAAGCAACAAAGAAUUGAGGCGUUCAAGAAGCACCACAACAUUUCUUAG